AAAUGUGUGACAUUACUACAUUAGUGAAGUCAAGCAAAGAAAAGAGAAAGGAAAAUCUCAAAAUCGGGGAGUAAGAAAGAAUGGCGCAGAACACAGGAAUGUUAUCCAGAGAUCAAUUACUCUACCUUUUCGAUCGAUUCGAUUAUCUCACUUCUCUUCCUGAUGUCAAGAAACGCAUAGCUGAAGCUGUUUUAGAUAAUCAGGAAGCUGUUGCUGUGACAACUGCAAUCCAAGAGGAGAUAUUCUUAGAAAUGGGUGUUGAUCCUAGCUUUGGAAUUGGCUGCCUGGGAAAAGUGAAUAUGGCAUAUGAGAAUGACCGGGACUUGAUGAUCCGCUUCUAUGGAUUUGUGGCUAAGGAAGAGAUAGCCUGUGAUGAAGCUGAGCUUGGAACAGAUGAAUUUGCCAAAAAGAUGCGUAACCAGCAUGAUCUACAAGCACAGCAACUAAAGAUGUUAAAGCAUAUGCGUAAAUUUCACACGGACGACCAGUCGGCUAUUCUUGGAAAGUUACACGAGCAACUGCAAAAUUCAGAUUUCGAUAACUGGGCAUCUGUCAUGCCUGUGGAACAAAUUCAGGAGGUCGUUAGAAAGAGAAAUGUGCCAAUAGCAAGAGCAAACUAAUGGUUGCUUGAGAAUUUACCAUAUCAUCAACACUCUUUUUCAGCUGAACUGGGAACUUGCACUUUGUAUGUUUGUAUUAUUUAAAAAAAAAUCUCUUUAGCUGCAAAUGGACUUAAUUUCAAAGUGUUAAUAAGAGUUUUUUUUUUCCUUACUCCUGUCA